UGUAAACGCAGCCUAUGUAAGACCCACAUAGAUACAUGUAUAUUUACAAUGAGGCCUAUUUCUAUAGCUUGUAAAGUGGUAACUAAGCCAGGGUUAUGAUACUGACACAGAGUCGAUGGGAGAGGGAACCACUGAGAAAAGGGAAACCACAUCCUUAUCUCCUUCUCCUGCAACCACUCCCACUUGUAAAAGAACUGUCCUUGAUAAACGGUAGAAGGAAAAGGGGUUUCAGAGCAACGACAAAUACCAAUAGUUGAGAUGGGAUCUUGUUUCAGCGGCUACGUUCGGCAACAAAGUCCAAAUAGGUCCAACAACCCUUCAGCCACUGUUCGGAACUCCAACACAGCGUUUGCUCUGGACCUUUACCGUAUACUGAGUGAAAACCAUGCAGAUGGAAACAUAUUUUUCUCCCCUCUGAGCAUCAGUUCAGCUCUGGCCAUGGUCUAUCUGGGGGCCAAAGGAGACACCGCCGAACAGAUGGCAAAGACCCUGUGUCUCGACACUGCCACUGAUGUCCACUCUGAUUUUCAAAAACUCAGCUCAAACAUCAACAAACCCUCAGCUUCAUACCAAUUGAAACUGGUCAACUGCCUGUAUGGAGAAGAGACCUUCAACUUCUUCCCAGAGUUCAUUGAAGCCACACAGAAGUUCUACCAUGCAGAGCUGAAGGCUAUGGACUUUAUAGGGGCUGCAGAGGAGUCCAGAGCACAAAUCAACAGCUGGGUGGAAAAGAAAACAGACAAUAAAAUUAAAGUGAUGUUGAAACCUGGAGCUCUAAGCAGCAUGACCAGGUUGGUUCUUGUGAAUGCAGUCUAUUUUAAAGCACAAUGGAUAAGUGAGUUCCAUGAAGCUGAUACCAGGGAACAAACCUUUCAAGUCAAUGAGAAUGAGAAAAGACAGGUGCAGAUGAUGGUUCAAGUCAAGAAGUUACCAUACAACUACAUAUCCCAGUUCAAACUCCAAAUUCUGGAGCUUCCAUAUAAAGGGGAGGAGCUGAGCAUGUUCUUCCUUUUGCCUGCAGAUUCCAAUGACCCUGACCAGUUACUGAAGCUGGGGAGAGCGCUGACACCGGAGAGGAUCCACAAGUGGACCAGACGGCAGGAAAUGGGCACGAGGACCAAAGUCCAGGUUUCAAUCCCCAAGUUUAAACUGCAGGAGGACUACCAGCUAAACACACUCCUGGCCUCGCUGGGCAUGGUGGAUGUGUUCGACCAGGACAGAGCGGACCUAUCUGGGAUGAACGCAGCGAUGGAAGAUAGGGUCUGCCUAUCCACUGUAGCCCACAAGGCCUUCGUGGAAGUGAACGAGAGAGGCACAGAGGCAGGUGCGUCCACAGCGGCAGAGGGCAUAAUGUACGGUUUCAGUAACAAGCAUUACUUCACGGCAGACCACCCCUUUAUUUUCUUCAUUAGACACAACCAGACCCAAUCCAUUCUGUUUCUGGGCAGGUUCUCCUCACCUUAGGAGGGUGACAGGGAGGGAAGAUCUCUGUAGGAAGGGAAAAUAAUAUUUUGAAAAACAUGUUAUGUAAUUGAUAAGAUAAUUGAUCUGUUUAAGGUUUUGACUAAAGUAUUCCACUCUGAAUCCAUAUAACUUUGUGAAAUGUAUUAGAAUUAUAAGGCUAUAAUAAUGUGUUAAAGACUAUAAUCCAAUACUGUGUGUGAGUAGACUGUUUAUGAGUAAGACACUGUUACUAUUUCAAAAUGAGCAGGGCAGAGUUGAUAAGACGACCUUGUGAAAGUAACAGGAAAAGGGGCCUCCCUGAGUUAUGGAGGGGAACAACUGCCCGAAAACGGCUAGGUGGGCAGAAGAUUAGGAAACAGGUUGCAGAAGUGUGAUAAAGAAUGUAUGUGUACUGUGGAAAAAUACAGCCGCCUAAAGCGGGGUGGAGUUCUCUACUGAUCUGUGUCCUCAUUUUUAGGCAGAGCUCUCGUAAAUAAACAAUCUGACCAUUGUAA